AGUGGCCGCGCGCGCGACCCACAGCUGUGGCCGCCUACCUGAGACGAGUCCGCGUGGAGCGUACGCACGCGAUCACUCACCGCUGCCCCGUGACUAAUGGCGCCGCUGACAGUACGCGACGAGUCGCCAACCAGGCGCGCAGCGGCGGCACGAUUCGCUGCCUCGCUAGGCCAUUUAGCGCCGGGCACUUCGUCACCACAAGCUGAGGAGCUCUGGAUACUCGAAGGCAGCGGUGACUGAGCAGAGAUGGGGACGCAGGCGCGGGUGCGGGAGCGGCGCGGGACGCCGGCCGACCACCCGCUGCCCCCGGAGGGCGGCUGGGGCUGGGCCGUCGCCGCGGGCAUGGCGCUCAUGCUGAUCUCGACGACGGGCCAGUACGGCUCGUUCGGUCUGCUGUUCGACGGGGUGCUGCAGCAGCUGGGUGCGCAGUCCACGGGCGCCACGCUCAUCAUGAACAUGCUGUCCGCCGCCGUCAACUUCACCGGCCUGGUGACGAACCGCCUACUACGCUCUAUGACGUACCGGAUGGUGUCCGUCAUCGGCGGCCUCAUGUUCACCGUAGGCGUCAUGCUAACCGUGUUCGCCCGCAGCAUGGCGCACAUCGUCAUCACCUACAGCAUCAUCGCAGGAGUGGGCCUGGGGCUGGUGGUGCCGGCGUCGUACCUGGCGUUCAACUCGUACUUCCUGGAGCGGCGCGGGCUGGCCAUGGGCCUGUGCCAGGCGUGUGUGGGGCUGGGCUUCAUCGGCGCGCCGCCCGUGGUGCAGGCGCUGCUCCACAGCUACGGCUUCCGCGGCGCCAUGCUCGUGCUGGGCGGCAUCGGGCUGCACUCGGUGGUGGGCGCCGUGCUGUACCAGCCGGUGCGCUGGCACCAGCGCAGGCCGCCGGCGCCGCGGCCCCACAGCGCCAACGGACGCCUCGCCAACGGCGGGCCGAUGCACGAGCUGAAGACGCGGCCGGCCACGGUGGAGGAGCAGCGGCUGUCGAUGCACGUGGUGCCCGCCGAGGAGGACGACCUCGCCUGCGGACGAGCAGUGCCCAACGGGCGCGCCCAGGUGUCGCAGGGUGCGACGUCGCCCGUGCCCACGCAGGCCGCGGACUUCGAGGAGCGCGUCGUGGUGAGCCGGCGCGGCAGCCUGGUCAUGUCGUCCAUGCUGGACUCGCGCGCCCACCUGCUGCUCAUGCCAGUAGACGAGGAGGGCUCCGCCACUGCCCACAGCCCUGUGGACAUCCCCAACGGCGGCGCAGAGCCGGAGCUGCGCCGCGCGUCGGGCGCGCCGCGGCGGCCGCCCUCCGUGUCGCUGACCAACUUCGCGAGCGGCGUCGUCGCCUUCGACAACGCCCUCACCGGCGCCGACGCCGCCUCCAGCGACCAGCAGAUCGUCCAGAUCAUGCAGCGACGCUCCCGCCGCAGGCUGUCGAGGCCGACGACAGCGCUCUACCAGCAGCAGCGAUCGCUGCUGAACGACAUACCGGACGACGAAAGCGAGGACAUGCGCGCGUCGACGCAGGCCAUGAUCCAGCCGGCGGCGCCGCGCUCCAGGAAGUGGCUGCGCAAGGCGGCCGAGGCGCUGGAGCUGGACCUGCUGCGCGACCCCACCUACGUGAACAUCGCGCUGGGGCUGGCCGUCUCCUUCCUGAGCGACGCCAACUUCUUCACGCUGAUGCCCUUCUUCCUGAACACGGAGGGGCUGGAGGGCGGCGACAUCGCCACGUGCCUGUCGGUCGCGGCGGCCACCGACGUGGUGGCCAGGCUCGUGCUGCCGUGGCUGGCGGCGCUCUGCAAGCUCUCCGCGCGCAACAUGUACAUGCUGGGCUGCAUCACGUCGGCCGUCGCCCGGUCAGCUUUCGUGUCUGUGACGGGGUUCACGUGGCUCGCCAUCAUGUCGGGCGUCGUGGGCUUCUUCAGGGGCGCCAUGGUCGUCAACCUGUCCCUCACCGUCGCGGAGUACUGCAGCCUCGAGCGGUUCCCUGCCGCCUACGGGCUGUACAUGGUUAUCAACGGCCUCAUCACCGUCAUACUUGGGCCACUCGUAGGCAUCCUAAGAGAUGGCAGUGGCAGUUAUCAGCUGUGCAUUCAUGUAUUGUCAAUUGCAAUGCUGUUUUGCGCUCUGAGUUGGAUCUGCGAACUUGUUGUCAAAUGGCAUCAAAAGAGAAAACCAUGGUGUUUGCCCCGUUGGUGUUGAAAACUGCUGACAAUGAUCUAUAGUGACCAACUCUAACAACAGAAAAGUGUGUGUGUGUUUGUGUGUGUGUGUGCAUGUGCACACACACGUGUAUGCAUGUGUUUAUGUGUGUGUGCAUGAGAGGGGGUGCAGGGUGUGCACCCACAUGUAUUUGCAUAAGUAAAUUUUGCUGCUUUACUGAAGCAUUUUUUCGUUCUUGAAAGGACUGUAAAACAUGAGUUCAGCAAAACAUUCUGCCAGAGGAAAACUCUUGAUCCAUUGUGUGGAUACAGUCCUUUCUUCACUGCAGAGUUAUCAUGAACAGUUUGUGCAUAAGUUAAUAAAGAAGGUAUCUGUGAUAUGUGGUUGAACAUAAGUGUUCUAUGUACUCUAAAUAUAAAAAUCUGUAAAUGUGCUAAUUUCCAUAGUUUGUAAAUUAUUUUUUAAAGAAUGUAACUUGUUUGUGUGUUAGGAAAAUCAUUACACUAACACAUCAGCAUUUCUCACUUUUUAGGGAAUGCAUUAUAUUGAUUUGUUUUCAUCCUAGGUGUCUCAACAUCAUGCAGUGUUGAUUUUAAAUAUUUUUAGUGUUCUCUGAUGUGGAUAAAACUAAUAAUGUGACAUUAGCAAAAUCUUCAGUUAAUUAAAAAUAGAUAUUUUUAAAAUGUUAUAUUAAUUACGGUAAGAAAUGAAACUAUUCAGUGGAAAAAGGAACCCUUUAAAAAAAUAAGGACUCACUCUAUUCCAAAUCUAUUUAAUGUAAUGUACUGGGUGAGUUAUCAUUUAUUAAUUUACACAUCACUUCCAUGGAUACUGCCACAAGGGAGAAAGAGUCAGGCUAUGUAUUAAGAAUCUUACAGAAAAAUAAGAGAAUAAAUAUCCAUCAUUUACUAGUGGUUGCUUGUGCUAUUUGUCCAAUGUGUCUCUCAUAAUUUAUUUUCACAUAAAAUGGCUGGAAAGUAGUGUUACAGAAUUUUGCCAUAAUACAGAUCUGCUAUAGCUACACUUUGGACUUGUUCUUUUAGUCUUUUGGAGGUGUCUCAAUGCUGGUCUGGUUGUGCAGAGUGGCUUGCCAGCAGUCAAAAUAUAACAUUUAUUCUAGUAAUAACAAUCCUUCUGCAGAUAUAUAUGGCCAUUCUAUCAUCACCUUUGUGAAUGCAACAUAUGAAAUCAAGGUUCAGUUCUGAACUUGUGCAUAAUGUGUAUUAGAAGAAAAUCAGAUGUUAAAGAUAGGGUGGCAAAUGUCAUGCAUAUGUCACCUGAUGGGUAGCCAACUAAAAAUGGACGAAAACAUAACUGUAGCAUGGGAAUAAGUAGUGAAGAAUUUUGUCUGAUAAAGUAAUGAAAUUAUAUUUUCAGCCGAUAUUUCUAACAACACAGUUCUUAAAGUGGGCUGAAUGUAACAAACAUAUUUAAAAUAGCUACAGAGCCCCCUGCAUUUUGCUUGUGAUAAAUGCCAGUAAUCAUUCAGCUUUCUUUGAUCACAAAUUAUAAUAGUUUUUUAAAUGCCUGAAAAACUGGAAGUACUUAUUAUAGUUAUGCUUCCAUGUUAACAUUUAUUGUAAAUAAGUGAUAUUUUCAAAUGCCACAAAAAUAAUUUUAGGCCUAUUGACAAAAAUUAUAAUUUUGAUAGGAAUAUUACAUUAAUUAUUAAAAUAAAGGGAAAUUUUCUGAAUAGUUUAGAGCAUGAUGAUAAAUGUUAUUGAAGCAGUGUGAUGAUUCCCAGUUGAUGGGAUUCUCCCUCUCCCCCUGUGUACACACAUGCUGGUGCUGAAAAAAUUUCUUCUAGUACAUUUAGGCUACACAUGAAGAUUGUCUGGCUGUAUGAUCAAUUAUAUCUGUGCUACAACCUGUACUAAUGUGUUUGCUUAAGAAUGAUCAGAGUAGUUUCAAGUGAGAAAAUCUGGUAAUUUACAUACAAAGAUCUCUAGACAAGUGUGAAGAUCUCAAUGAAAUGAUUAAAUGUGUGGUGAAUAUUAAGAGCUUUUUUUGUACUGCUAUGAAAUUCUCUCCUAUUUUGAAGAUUUUAGUGUAACAUUUUUGAACUUUCAAUGUCAGUAUACAUGGCUAUUGCCUUGCUCUCUUUUUAUUUUUAUUUCAAGAUAUUUGCAACUUCUGUGAAUUAAAUUCCAGAAAGUACACGCUCUUAAUUAAUAAAUCUGGAAUUUCUACAGUUCAAGAUAAAAUGAACAGUGGUUGAACUGGCUUGUCAACAUCGUUAUAAUGCUGCAAAGGUAAUGCCUUUGUUCAUAAUCCUUGUAUUUGUCUGAGAGAUGUUUCCAAUUAUAAAAAAAAGUAGAACUGUGUCAAUCAGACAACACAGAUGGCAUAAUUAUGGUUAUUUCUAUCCAUUCUCAUGAAGAAUGCUUUUGCCAAAUAUUAAAUUUUUAAUUGUUUACACAUAAUAUAAUUUCAGCUUGCUUUAUUCAUAAAAGACAACAAAACAAACUCUGUAAAUACACUAUAAAAAUGAAAGAAAUUGAGAGGAACAUAUCGUCAGGAGCUCAGAAAGAGAAAGAAACAUACUCUUAUCCAGUGCACCAAGAUGAGAAAACUUCCAUGAAGCUGCUUUCAAGUAAAAGAUCUAGGUGUGUAUUUGUAAAAGAGACUAUAAUAUAUAAAAUUUUGACAAUAAGAUAUGUUUUAGGGUGCAUAAUUCUUGUUAUCAAGAAGUGUUCAGCCAGGAGUGCAAGAGCUGCAGAGUUGGAUUGUAGCUAGACACACAAUAACGUAAGUUAGAAGAAUUUGGUGAAACAUAAAAAUUUCAGUUUUGUCUACAUGCUGAAUAGUCUGCCUGUGAGACUAACAUAUGAAGGACCAAGGACCAAUACCAUCACUGGUAUGAUGAACAACAUGGAUUCAAUGUAAUGCAGACAACUGGCAACAAACAUUAAUAUUAAGGAGAUCAUUUUCUGUUCAUAGCCCCAUUAAACACUACUGAUCAACAGUGCUUCAAGCAAGGAAUGAAAUAGUGGUGUAGCACCAGGCUGUUACAUUGUAGAAAUACAGAAACAUAAAUUGAAAUUGAUAUUUGGUGAAAACGGUCAGUUGUAGUUACAAAUCAGCAGUUAGUGAAAAAACUACUUUUUUAUGGUACAGUGAAAUAAGUGAUUCUUGGAAUUUGUGUAGUAAUUACUGCAAAGGUGGAAAAAAAAUUAGUAUUUACACUUCAUCCAAAAAUGUGCAAAUGUAUAAAAAAUUCAACACAGAUUCUACAUUGCCUCAUUUUUGUAAUUUACUAUUACUUUCCCAAACUCUCUUUAUGACAGAGCUGCAGAACAAUUGAGAACAGAAAACCAAUGAUAAGACCUCAGUAAAUGCAGUUUCCUUGCUGUACCCGAGGAUAAUGUUUCAGUUUUGGCAGUCAACAAGGAAACUAAAUGAUACCUAAGAUGAUUACAUGAAUACAUAAUUACAUGAUUAAAUAGUUGCUUGAAAUGUUUACUUUCUUUGAAUUAAGAACUGGUAUAGAUAGUAACAAAUGGUAUCCAGCAUCCACAACAUCUGUAAAGUGAAAUGCAGUCACUAAAAAUAUAAUGUAUUUCAAACUAUGUGUGUGUCUUUCUUUAUAACUGAAACAUUUAUUGAUGGAAAAUAGGAAAUUAAAACAUUGUAGAACAUUUCUAAUAAAUAAAUUUUAUUUAAGUACCAUUAUAUAAAGCUUUUUCUGGGAUUCCUUGUAAAUGACAGAUAUCUCUAGUAUGUGUAAUGCAUAUCUGAAGUAUUUUUUUUUUAAAAUCGAUUUUCACUUUUAACAAACAAUAAUUUAUGAAACAAUGUGCAUAUAUCUAAAGUCAUCUAACAAUCCUGAAACACUCUAAUACUAGUUUUCAAUCAGUGUGAAAACUGAAUUAACUUUUGGUCUUCUUUCAUUGCUAUUAAUCAGGAGACACAUUUCAGUUAUAGGUUCUAAAUGUCUCAUAUUUGUUAGACAUUUGCAAAAUAUUGUGAAGCUGUGUUUAGUUGAUAUGUCACAGAAAUUUAAAUUUGGAGACACAUCAUUAUGUGUCAAGGCUUCCUGAAAUAACAUGCCCAGUUUGGAAAAUAAUCACUGCAGUGAAAAAUAGACGAUAGAACAAUAUUCCAGUCUACCUCUUGUAGACAUUUCUUUACAGUUAAUGGAUGUAUUUAAUACUUUGAUUUCAUUUUGUAUAUGGUAGCCUUGCAGAUUAUAUUUUUGUAUUAAUAUAGACAAUAACAAUUUCAAUUAUAAUUUACACAUGUGCCAGAGUGCUUAAACAAUGUCAAGAAAAUGCUUAGGAAAGUGGUUAGUGACAACAGUAAAUAAAUGUUUAAAAUUUUGGUAUUAA